AUGGCGGCCUCCUACGUGGCGCUCCUGGCCCUGUCGGUGUGCCUGCUGCUGCUGCUGCUGGUGGCGUGGAAGCACUGGCGGUGGGGGCGCGCGGCCCGCCACGUUAUUGUCGUGGUGCUGGGCGACGUGGGCCGCAGCCCCCGCAUGCAGUACCACGCGUUGUCACUGGCCAAGAGCGGCUUCUCCGUGACCCUCUUGGGGUUCUGCAACUCCAAACCCCACGAUGAACUCUUACAGAGCGACAGAAUUCAGAUUGUGAGUCUGACAGACCUUCAGAGACUUGCAGUUGGGCCCCACAUUCUCCAGUAUGGAGUCAAAGUUGUAUUCCAGGCAGUGCACCUGCUGUGGAAGUUGAUGUGCACGGAGCCAGCAGCCUACAUCUUUCUCCAGAACCCUCCGGGCCUGCCCGCCAUUGCUGUCUGCUGGUUCGCGGGCUGCCUCUGCGGGAGCAAGCUUGUCGUCGACUGGCACAACUACGGCUACUCCAUUAUGGGUCUGGUGCAUGGCCCCAGCCACCCCCUCGUUCUGCUGGCCAAGUGGUACGAGAAGCUUUGUGGACGCCUGUCCCACCUGAACCUGUGUGUGACCAACGCGAUGCAGGACGACCUGGCUGAGAACUGGGGCAUCAAAGCCGUGACUGUGUACGACAGGCCAGCAUCUUUCUUUAAAGAGACGCCCUUGGACCUGCAGCAUCAGCUCUUUAUGAAGCUGAGCCGGACCUACCCUGUGUUCAGGGCCCGCUCAGAAUCCUCGGACCCAGGCACGGAGCGGUCGGCCUUCACGGAGCGGGAUGCCUUGAGUGGAGCGGUGACCCGUCUCUGCGGGCGGCCGGCCCUGUUGGUCAGCAGCACGAGCUGGACAGAGGACGAAGACUUCUCCAUCUUGCUGGUGGCACUAGAAAAAUUUGAACAGUUGAUCGACAGUGGGGAAAGCCUGCCUUCUCUGGUUUGUGUCAUAACAGGCAAAGGGCCUCUGAAGAACUAUUACAGCCGCCUCAUCUGUCAGAAGCGCUUCCAGCAUAUCCAGGUCUGCACCCCGUGGCUGGAGGCUGAGGACUACCCCUUGCUUCUGGGGUCUGCAGACCUGGGCGUCUGCCUGCACCGGUCCUCCAGCGGCCUGGACCUGCCCAUGAAGGUGGUGGACAUGUUUGGAUGCUGCCUGCCCGUGUGUGCCGUGAACUUCCAGUGCUUACACGAGCUUGUGAAACACGGGGAGAACGGGCUGGUCUUCGAGGGCUCGGAGGAGCUGGCAGCUCAGCUACAGACACUUUUCUCGAAGUUUCCCGAUCCUGCUGGCAAACUGCACCAGUUCCGCGAGAGCCUCCGGGAGUCAGAGCAGCUCCGCUGGGAUGAGAGCUGGGAGCGGACGGUGCUCCCUUUGAUCUCGGACACGUGA